AUGACCGCAGCGGCGCCGCUGGCGGGGCCGCCGUCGUGGCGGCUGCGGGAUGUUGCGGCAAACGGCAUUGUUCGGGGCUCGCCUGCACCGCUGAGGGCUGCCAGCCUCAGCUGGGCAGCACGCAGGGCGACCCGUCAUGUGCGUGUUGCGCAGCCGCAGACAGAGCUGGACACUGCCGAGCUGCUGACGGCGGCCGCGCAGCCGGUCAACGGCCACGGCCUGUCAGGUGCGUACCCGACUGUGGCGGCCUUCGAGGCGGCCGCCCACCGAAGUUGGCAGCAGCAGCGGCAGCAGCAGCAGCCGCCGCAGCAGCAGCAGCGGUGGCAACUGGCAGCAGCCGCCGCCGCCGGCGCCGCGCCGUUCGCCGCGCUCACGCCGGCGUUUGCGCCCGCGCCCGUGGCGGCUGACCAGCAGGCCCUCGAAGCGCCGCCGGCGGCCGCCGCUGCGGCUGUGGCUGCGGCCGCGGCGGCGCCUAAGGCCCUUAGCAACCUCGCGCAGCGGAUUAUAUCCGGCGUGCUGCUGGGGGCCGCCGGCGCCUGGGUGAUCUCCGCCGGCGGCGUGCCUUUCCUGGCCGCCACCCUGUUUGUCGUGUACCAUGCGACCCAGGAGUACUUCGGCAUGGCCACCAGCCGCGGCGCCGCGCGCGGCGACGAGCCGCCGCCGCCGGCCGUCGCGGCCGCGACGACGGCGCUGUGCCUGAGCAUCGCGGUGCUCACGCACGCUCUGGGCGUGCGCUGCGGGACGGCGCUGUGCGUGGCGUCGUUCCUGCUGCUCGCUCUAAAUAUAGUGGCUGCGAAGCGCCCCUCCUUCAGCGGCCUCACCAGCUCGGUCUUCGGGCUCUUCUACUGCGGCUACCUGCCCUCCUUCUGGAUCAAGCUGCGCGCGCUCUCCCUGCCGGCCCCUCAGUCCGCCCUGCUGGCGCUGCCCCAGGUGACGGUCGGCUUUGUCGCGACCCUCGUGACCGUCGCCUGCGUCGUCGCCGCCGACACGGGCGCCUACUUUGUGGGCAAGACCCUCGGCCGCACGAAGCUCACAGACAUCAGCCCCAAGAAGACGGUGGAGGGCGCGGCCGGCGGCCUGGCCGCGUCGGUCGCGGCGGCGCUCGGCCUGCGAGCGCUGCUCGGCUGGCCGGGCAGCGCGGUGGCGGCGGUGGGGUACGGCGUGCUGACGUUUGUGUCAUCGAUUUUCGGGGACCUCAUCGAGAGCGUCAUGAAGCGGGAUGCGGGCAUGAAGGUGAGGGAGAGGGUGCGCUGCGGGCUGCCGGAGGACUCUGGCAACCUCAUCCCCGGCCACGGCGGAUUGUUGGACCGCUUUGAUUCCUACAUCUUCACAGCGGCCAUGGCCUGGUCUUACGUCACUGUGGUCCUGCCGCGCUUCGGACUGGCAUAG